UUCUGUUCUCCGCUCCUUGCACACGCAGCGGCCGUGCCGCGGAGCCGCCGCCGUGGACACUGGGCAGGAUGAACCUAGGACGCAGCAGAGUCCAGAUUCACAGGAUGCAGAAGCCUAUAAGAACACCCCACCCCCCCGCCCUCGCUCGGUUAGUUGCGCGCGCCCACCAAAAGAACUGCCAGGAAGAACCACCAAGUAGAGAUUCGGGGGGAGACGAUACCAUAACUCGCCGCAUUCCACCAAUUCUUUUGCCCCGCAACCACAGGUCUCACAUCGCAGUUUGAUUAGAACCUGGAAUCGGCACAAAGAUUUUGAGCCGGCGAGUUCUUGGAUUUACUGAACAGUUUCCAGAAAAAGCCCCGAAGCCAAGUUAUCUGAAGAAGUGGAUUGACCAAACCAGAACUGCGUUCUUGGUCUUUCGCCAAGAGUUCAAUACGAGCUUGUCUCUGUCCUCAAGUUCAAGUUCUUGCUUUUCCUGACCAAUUUGACCGCUUACCAUUUUCUGCAAGAUGCCUCCAGAAAUGGUCAAGUGCAGUACCUGCGGCAAGACCUACAAAAGUAUGCAGGCUUUGUGUGACCAUGAGGAUAAAUGCAAGUCCCCUGAGAAGCUGGGACGAAAUGCUGCAGGACAGGAAGAAGCUUCAAGCAGUGCCCAGUGUGGCCAGCUUGGUCUGAAUGUUCCUGACAACUAUGAUAACCCAGCUUUUGAUGAUCCUUGGGGCAGCAAUAAUGAUGUCUUGGGGUUUGGCAUGCCGAAGCAGAAGCAGCCAUCUCUGACGGAACCAGAACAAAAGUUAGAUGUUGUAGAGGCUCCCCAGCCUCUCCAAGAACAACUGGGCGAGGAUACAACUUCUGUUGAUGAGCCAGGAACUGAUAGUCCAGGUGACAAAUCAGGUACUGAUUAUUCAGACGAGGUGCUCACUUCAUGUUCGGAGAAGAGUUCACCAUCUCUGGCGGAACCGGAACACAAGUUAGAUGUUGUAGAGGCUCCCCAGUCUCUCCAAGGACAACUGGGCGGGGAUAUAACUUCUGAAGAUGAGCCAGGAACUGAUAGUCCAGGUGACGAAUCAGCUGCUGAUGAUCCACACAGGGAUACAACUUCUGAUGAUGAGCCAGGAACUGAUAGUCCAGGUGACGAAUCAGCUGCUGAUGAUUCACACAGGGAUACAACUUCUGAUGAUGAGCCAGGAACUGAUAGUCCAGGUGGCGAAUCAGCUGCUGAUGAUUCACACGAGGUGCUCACUUCUGACCCGGAGAAGAGUUCAUGUUCUGUGGAAUGCUAUGCGGGUGGUGAGAGGAUGGGCAAUUUGCAGGAUGUUUUGGAGCAGGUUGAAGUAUAUCGUGCUGCGCAUACUCUCUUGAUGCUAAAGUCUGAGGCAGACGCAGCUUCUGGGGGUCCCAUUGGAGGUAUUGAGAAGGGUGAGAAUGGAAUCCCUGUUGUCGAGGUGGAGCCGAGUUGCACUGACGAUUGCCAAAGGGUUUCUGGUUGUUCUGGAAAACCUGCUGUGUCAGAACUGAAAAGGCCCAAGCUUGAUCCUGAAAUUCUUCAUGAUUCUGCUGUUGCUGUGACACAGGAGAAAAAGCAGAAGAUUGAUCUCGAUGCCCCAGCUCCCACUAAUAGUUCGGGCGAGGAGAGGUCCAAUGUCACCGAUAGCCAAACGAGUCAGAGCACUUAAGUCAUUUCCUUGAAGAAAGGGUGGCAAUGUGGUUGGUCUCCCUGUUGAAGUGAAAGAGUAUGUACAUCUGAGUUGUUUGUGAUCGUCACCUAGGUUUGAUGCAGCAGUAGAAUCUAAAGGCUUGAACUGAAGCCUAAGUUCCCUGAUCUAAAUCCUUAGGUACCUGAGGGUGCAGUUCGAACCGCAACUGUGAAGGAUGGUUCGUUGUGAGCCUAUGCUGAUUGUCGUGUCGAGUCAAUUAGAUUUGUUGACUCACUGGUGUUUAGGUUCAUGAGUCAGAAACUGCAUUUUCUGUCUAUUGGUAGAUAGUUUGCAGGCUAUGAUGUCGAUACUUUUUUUAAAGGACUGAGCACCAUGGUAUUCAUUGAGAGCUUGCUUCUAUGGUGAAGCAGUUUUGUCCAGUUACAUGAAAUGGAUUACUUUAGCACUAAUGAUCUGGAGUUCCAGUGCAUUCUUUGUUUCACUUUAUACUUCUCUGGUUUUGUAAAUGUUGGUAUCUUCUAUCUUGAUAACAUGAUUGUUAAAUGCA